GGUUCGCCCCCUGUCGGUCAGUCCGGUCACUGCAGCAGGAGCAGCGGCGGAACAUCAGACCGGAGCCGAGCCGAACCGAACCGAUUUCACUCUGAAAUCAUGUCUGACGACGAGAAGCUGCCGUCUGGAUGGGAGAAGCGCAUGAGCCGGAGCUCAGGUCGGGUUUAUUACUUCAAUCACAGCACGAACGCGAGUCAGUGGGAGCGUCCGAGCGGAUCGGGGGCCGACGGGGUCAGCGAGGUGGAGAAGGUGCGCUGCUCUCACUGCUGGUCCAAACACAAGCAGUCACGCCGGCCGUCCUCCUGGAGAGAGGAGAACAUCACACGCAGCAAAGAGGAGGCGCUGCAGCUCAUCCACAAGUACAUUGAACAGAUCAAGUCUGGCGAGGAGGACUUUGAGAAUUUGGCGUCUCAGUUCAGUGACUGCAGCUCGGCGAGGAACGGAGGAGACCUGGGCUUGUUUGGCAGGGGUCAAAUGCAGAAGCCGUUUGAAGACGCCUCAUUCGCGCUGAAGGUCGGGGACAUGAGCGGCCCAGUGUUCACCGACUCUGGAGUUCACAUCAUCCUGAGAACUGGAUAACUGAAUAAUCUUCAUUCGUUCACCCCGCAGAUAACACACAUUACACACACUAUCCCAGGACUCCUUAUCUUAAUCUGUUUCCCUGAAAAACCUCACUUGACUUGUCAAAGCUGCACGUUAAGCCCAUCCGGUAUUUCAGUCAUCGUACAUGUUACAGAUCCCUUCUGACAGGCUGCGAAUCCUGCAUCUCCACCCAGCAUUCCUUCAUCCGGCUCGGCCAAACGCUCGCAUGAUCUGCUGUCCUGCAGCGGCGCUGGUGUCUGAACCUCACAGGACCAGCUCUGAUGAUGGACACUGGACGAUCCUAUGACAGAUCUGCAAAAAAUGACCAAUAAAAUUUACCAUGUCACUAAA